GCAGCUGACAUGCAUAGUCAACUUAUUUUAAUUAAAUAAGGAUGUAUUUUUACCCAGAAAAGCAACACAACUUGAUCACAACAGAGCACCUCAAAUUUCUAUUUGUAUCAAUUUUGAGUGACUGUGCUGGCAAUCCCAAGCGGAAAUGGAUGUGUAACGGAAACUGAUUUUUGACACUUGACAGUAAUGACAUUGACAUUGACAAUAGUCGAGGCCGACGGUCGAACACCGACGACGAACUUGAUUGAUUGCGAUAUCAAGGUACAAAGGCGUACACAAUUUACUCAACCUGUAAAGUAAUUCAUUUCCUUCUUAAACAACACUUACUUCUUAAUAUUCGUAAAUAUGGAGCUUCAUACCUGGCUUGUUCAGCCUCCAAAGUAUACAACUUUUAGAGUAAACAAAACACGAGAAUAUGAUAUCAAAACUUUUGAAAAUUACCUGGAAAACCAACGUGAAAGUUUAAAAGUACCAGCAAUACCGAAGUUCUACUGCCUGUAUCCAGACUGCUUGGUUGUAGAGCAGUGGUUAACUGAAGUCGAACCGAGUGGUCACUGUGAGGUGAUAGUAGACGCACUGUGUGCCGCCGCUGUACUGAGGGGCGCUCAUGUCUUUGCUCCAGGAGUAAUGGGACUUCCACCAGGUUGCAGUAUUGAUGAUAAAGUUGACAUCUAUGGUGAUGUGGAUGGGAAAUGCAAGAAAGGGCUGAAAGUAGAGUAUACUGGCCAGAAAGUUUUUGUUGGCACCGGCUACUUAAAGAUGCUUCGACAUGAGCUAUUCAAUGAUGGCACACCACCCAGCGGAAUCGCUAUAGAAGUUUCUCUGCCUGCCUCAAGACUCCCAGUGAUCAAUGAGUCCAUAUACCCCAAAGGAACUCUAGUUCUACAAAACCUUCCGUCCAUGGUCUGCGGCUGGGUGGUGAAUGCACAGGCCAAGGAGGUCAUCUUAGACAUGUGUGCUUCUCCUGGUAAUAAGACUACACACUUAGCUGAAAUGUCUGAUAAUGAAGCAAUAAUUAUCGCAAUAGAUAAAACUCCUCAAAAAGUCGUUAGAAUAAAGGAAAAUUGUGAAAAACAUGGAGUAGCAUGUGUCACCGCUUACGCCUUUGACUCGACAAAGUGUUAUUCAGAAAAUGGUACUACUGAUGUUGUCAAAGGCCCUCCUUUUGCUUCUAAUGUUUUUGACAAGAUCCUACUUGAUGGACCAUGCAGCGGACUUGGACAAAGGCCUCAGCUAGUUAACAAAAUGACAGACAAGAUGCUGCAGUCUUACAAAUUUGUGCAACGAAAGUUAGUGGAAUCUGCAGUGAAAGUACUGAAAGUGGGAGGUGUUUUAGUAUACAGUACAUGCACAGUGACUGUCGAAGAGAAUGAAGCGAUGGUUGCUUGGGCGUUGGACAAGUACCCCUGCCUCCAGCUCGUCCCCGCGGAGCCUCUUCUUGGAGGCCCAGGGAUGAAAUGCGCGGGACUCACGGAUGCUCAAAGAGCAAUGCUACAACGAUUUGGACCCGAAGAAGAUCCUCUUAGGCCAACAAAUCAUCCUAUAUAUAAAGACACGAUAGGAUUCUUCAUCGCAAAAUUCAUUAAAACGCAAUAAGUUAUAAUUAAUAAAUAAAUGUGUGUACAUAAGAAAAAUAA